UCCUCCCUCUGUCUCUCUCUCCCUCCCCCUCUACCUCCUUCCCUCGAGCAAACCUGUCGCAGUGGAUAGCAAGCGGAAGAGGCAGAAAGGAAGAAAGAUGAGUCUAGGCUUCUAGUUUCUUGGUUCUGUGAAUUCUCGAUGCUAGUGAACACCUUCCUGUAAUUCUACUCUCCUAUUCUCAAAUCUUCUGUGAAGGUGUAGCAGGCAGACCGAAGAUGGGUUGCUUUGGAUUUUUGAAAACAGUGAUGUUUAUUUUCAAUGGCAUCAUAUUUCUUGCCGGAGCAAUCAUCCUGGCAGUGGGGAUUUGGGUGAAGGUAGACAGUGGCUCUAUGUUGGGCUUCCUGCAAAACCUGAACGGUGCUCCAGAGCAGCUGAAGCAGGUGCUGAAUGUGGGAUAUCUGCUCAUCGCUCUCGGCGCCAUCCUGCUGUUGCUUGGCUUCCUGGGCUGUUGCGGUGCCAUGCGCGAGAGCAGGUGCAUGCUCCUAACGUUCUUUGUCAUUAUCCUGAUUGUCUUCAUUGCUGAGGUAGCUGGAGCAAUCUUGCUCCUGGUUUUUAAGGGACUGAUCCAAAACUUGAUAAAUCAGUUGGGUGUCACAGUGGUGCAAAGCAUUAAGAUGGAAUAUGGAAACAAUAAGGAUGUCACUGACCUGUGGAAUGCUACCAUGAAUUCGAUGAAGUGCUGUGGAUUCAACAACUAUACAGAUUUCACAGGUUCCCAUUUUGUUCAGAACACCAACCUCUAUCCGGACCAGUGCUGUAACGGUGGACUAUGCAAAGAAAGCAAUGCCACAGCUGCGAAUGUUAUUGGAUGUUAUCCAGCCCUGACGAAAUGGAUUGAGGGGAAUUCUGCUGUCAUCAUAGGCGUGUCCUUGGCAAUUGCCAUUCUUGAGCUUGUUGCCAUGGCUGUCUCCAUGACUCUAUAUUGCCAGAUAGGGGGCAAACUUGCCUGAAGCCUGAAGAAAAGAUGAUGCUUCCAGAUUUCAAAUGCAUAGAUGACUAGACUAUAGCAACCAUUGACUUUUUAAAAUUAAAUAUACUAAAUUGAUUUUUUUCCCUAAUUUUUUAAAUUAAAACAUUUUAAUAUAUUACUGUGAUUUAUACAAUAAGACAUUUCUGUUAUAUAAAUGAUUUUAUCUGUUUCAUUUAAAAGUGUGACCCUGAAAAGUCCUUUUUAAAGUAAAAAAGACCCUUAAAUGUACCUUUAUUUAAUUAUAUUUCCAUUAAUAAUCAUGGACAACAUCAACUAAAUAUGUAUAUGUUUAAACAUAACUGUCGUUUCCAGACUACAUAUACGUGUGUGUGUGUGUGUGUGUGUGUGUUCGUGUUCGUUUUCAUCUACUGAGCUGUUGUUGGCGCUCUGGUGCUAAAGCGACACGUAGUCUGCUCACUAGCCUUAAAUGAAAACAUUGUGUAAGUAA